GCAGCAUCUUAGCUGAUGCCCCAAGAUUCGGCUUCUGCCAAGAGGACAGUCGCAGGAGGAAGAAAACCAUCCUUUCAGUUCCAUCACAGAGCGAGCGGUAGGAGGAGUCAGGCGAGUGAGAUAGUGAUGCUCCAGGCAGGUGCCAACAAAUGAGAGGUAGCCGAGAGACUAAGAACGAGGGAGAUGGAGAAGAAUCUGUGAGAGAAGACGACAGCCAGAGCUUCCUUUGAGAGAAAACAACAGCCGGUGUGUUUCCAGUUUUCCUGCACCAGUCAUUCCUGCUCCUCAUAUCUGCUGCCAUGCUGUGUCCUGUGCUGCUUUGUGCCACUCUUCUCCUCCUGAAACCCCUGGAGAUCACAGAGGCUCGCGCUCUGCAUCCUUCUCCUGAUGCUGUGCAGUUUAUGGAGCAGUUUCUGGAACGCUAUAAUGACCUUUUGACCCUGGACGACCUGGAGAACCUGUUGAACAGCCAACCGGAGGAGCAGUCCACCUUCUCCUCCGGGGUCAAAGCGGCCGAGUACCCCAAGUGGGCUGACGUACAAACACAGCCCGAGACCCCCUGGCUGCGCCUGCUGAAGGGUGCCCUGGCCAAUCAGAAGCGCGCAGAGCCGGACAGGUCACGGAGGGGAUGGAACCGGGGAUGCUUUGGGCUGAAACUGGAUCGCAUCGGCUCCAUGAGCGGACUGGGCUGUUAGUGGAGAGAGGAGAGAAAUAGAGACUACUGACAUCCUUCUUAGAUUAUAAUAAGGAAAAACACACAUGCAAAGGCGUUCACCUGCAGUGAAGGAUGUUUACAUGUAGUAUGGUGUAAACUUGCAGUGUUGCUAAUGUCCAGCGUAGAUCAGAUGCUUCACACUAUCGUGGCUGUUUAACAGUGCAACUGUAGUUAAUUCCAUGUUUAAGUGUUAAACUGAAUAUUAGAACAUGUGAGCAAUGUUUACAUCAAAUGAACAUCUUUGAUUGUUGGGCUUGUUUUUUAAGUGAAUCGGAACUUUAUGUAUUUCUAGCUUUGUCUGCGUACGGUAAAAGUAAAGAUGUUUAGACAUUUUGUGGCCAGGGGAUGGUGUUUAAAACCAGGUUUAAUGGACAUGGAGAUCCAGAAGUUAUGGC